GACUGUCUGAAUUAUUGUAUUUGCAGUAAAAAUGGCAGUAUCUAGUGUUUCUUUGGCUCAGGAUGAGUUCAGCUGUUCAAUCUGUCUUGAUCUACUGAAAGAUCCAGUGACCAUUCCCUGUGGACACAGUUACUGUAUGAGCUGUAUUACAGGCUGCUGGGAUCUGGAUGAUCAGAAGAGAGUCUACAGGUGCCCUCAGUGCAGACAGACCUUCACUCCAAGACCUGUUUUAGGUAAAAACACCAUGCUGGCUGAAGUGCUGGAGAAACUCAAGAAGACAAAACUACAAGCUGCUCGUCCUGCUCAGUGCUACGUUGCAUCUGGAGAUGUGGAGUGUGACGUCUGUACUGGGAGAAAAUAUAAAGCCAUCAAGUCCUGUCUGGUGUGUCUGAACUCUUACUGUCAAAAUCAUCUUGAACAACAUGAGAAUCUGUUCAAAGGUAAGAGACACAAUCUAAUGGAUGCCACUGGACAACUGCAGGAGAUGAUCUGCCCUCAACAUGAGAAACUACUGGAGAUUUUCUGUCGUACUGAUCAGCAGUGUAUAUGUUAUUUGUGUACAAUGGAUGAACACAAAAACCAUGAGACUGUAUCAGCUGCAGCAGAGAGGACUGAGAAACAGAGUCAAUUGAAUGAGACACAGAGUAAAUUCCGCCAGAGAAUCCAGGAGAGACAGAACGAGCUUGAGGAGCUGAGAGAGAUUGUAGAGUCUCACAAGCGCUCUGCACAGGCAGCAGUGGAGGACAGUGAGAGGAUCUUUACUGAGCUGAUCCGCUCCAUUGAGAGAAGCUGCUCCGAGGUGACACAGCUGAUCAGAGAUCAGGAAAAGUCUGCAGUGAGUCGAGCUGAAGGAAAACUGGAGCAACUGGAGCAGGAGAUUGAAGAUCUCAGGAGGAGAGAUGCUGAGCUGGAGCAACUUUCACACACAGACAAUCACAUCCGUUUCUUCCAGUCUCUCUCUGUUCCUCCUGGAUCUACAGACUCACCCAAAAUCAUUGUCAGUUCUCAUCUCUCUUUUGAUGAUAUUGGUAAAUCUGUGUCUCACCUGAGAGAGAAACUGGAGCAUUUCUGCAGAGAAGAGAUGGCAGAGAUAUCUGAUAUGGUAAAAUACAUCGAGUUUAUAUCCACCCCCGAACCCAAGAAAAGGGAGGAGUUUCUACAAUAUUACCGUCGGUUCACGCUGGAUGAAAACACAAUGCAUAAAUACCUCUGUCUGUCUGAGGAGAGCAGAAUGAUUACUGAAACUAACACAGACCAAUCAUAUCCUGAUCAUCCAGACAGAUUUGAUAGUUUGACUCAGGUGCUGUGUAGAGAGAGUAUGUGUGGACGCUGUUACUGGGAGGUUGAGUGGAGUGGGAGAGGAGUGUGUAUAUCAGUGUCAUAUAAGAGCAUCAGCAGGAAGGGACGGGGUAAUGAAUGUGCAUUUGGAUAUAAUGAUCAGUCCUGGAGUUUGUAUUGCUUUCCUUCCAGUUACUGCAAAUACUCAUUCUGUCACAAUUACACAGAGACUGAGCUCACUGAGGUCUCCAGCUCCUUUAGAAUAGGAGUGUAUGUGGAUCACAGUGCAGGAACUCUGUCCUUCUACAGCGUCUCUAACACAAUGACCCUCAUUCACAGAGUCCACACCACAUUCACUCAGCCUCUCUAUGCUGGGUUUAGAGUUUAUGGAUCAGUGAAACUGUGUGAUAUCACAAAAUAGAUGAUACAAAGUCAUAUAGUGCUGCAUGUGAUAUUAUCAAUAAAAAUACAAGUAAAAACCUUAUCACAUUAAGCUAAUAAUGGUUCAUGUAAGGGUGAAAGAAUAACAACAAUGUUCAUUGUAACCAAUGGCACAAAUAAUAUACUGUCAUAAUGUAUGCUGUAAAUAAAAACAUGAGCGAACAAAAGGCCAUAAUGUCAUUUAUUUAGGCCUUUGGAAUCUGAAUAUAUGACAUCACAGUUAUGAAUUAACAACCUUGCAGUUGAAGAUGUACUGUUCAUUCUGUCUAUGAAACACUGUGAAUGAAAACAGAUGGAAGUGUGAUCAACAUUAAAACAAGAUUUUACUUCAAUAAACAUAAAAA